AUGGCAGCAGACAGCAACACAGCUCCUGAAGAAAAGCCGAGGGCUACUCCUGCAAAAAGGGCUGUCCACAAGAUCCGAACAGCAAGCCUAGUUAUUAGUUUGGCAAGAGGCUGGCAGCAGUGGGCUAGUGACCACCACAUAAAGCAAGCGCAAGAGCCCUCUGGAUGGCUACCCGAUAGAGAAGACUCAUCAGCUAAGCCAUUACAAGAAAGAUCAUUUGAAAAAUGGCCAAUGCCAUCUGUCAAGAGGCACCAAAUAAAAAACGAUCAAAAAUCUUCAGCAAAAGAAUCAAUGGCAAUAAAAGAUGUUGAAAACAAUUCAAGGGAGUCAGAUGAAGCUCUCAAAAAGCUGAACAUAAAAACCAAAGAGGUGACCAAAACAGUUGUAAGUAAAGCAUAUGAAAGAGGAGGUGAUAUUAGCCUCCUCAGUGAUAGAUAUGAGAACGACAAUAGCAGCUCAGAGAUGAUAAAGCUGAAAGAAGAACCAAGUACUAUUGACAAAAUUCUUAGUGGCAAAUUAUCUCCAACUAUGAGAAGAAAGUGCUCAAACCUGGUAUCAGAGCUGACCAAGGGCUGGAAAGUGAUGGAACAAGAGUACAAAGUCCCUAAGCAAGAGCUGCUACUUAAGUGCCAUGAUGACAGCAUAGAUACAGUGGACAGUGGCUAUGGAGAAGCAGAGGACAGACUCGAGCUAGAAGAUGGUGACCAAGAGAAGGUGGCUGCUGUGAGGAUUAAAAGACCUGUGACUUCUCUCGCAAGCAAAUUUACUGAAGAAAUAAGCAAGAAAGCUCAUAGGAAAUACAGCCCUGUUAAUAGCCUAAAAGACAGAUGGCAAGAAUGGGCAGAUCAGCAUAUCAUAACACAGAAGCUGAAUCCCUUCAGUGAAGAAUUUGAUCACGAGCUGGCCAUGUCCACACGCCUGCACAAAGGAGAUGAAGGCUACGGCCGUCCCAAGGAGGGCACCAAAACUGCAGAAAGGGCCAAGAGAGCUGAAGCCCACAUUCACCGGGAGAUCAGAGACAUGUGCUUUAUCAUUGAAUCGAUGGCUAAGCCUCGGCACGAUGGCAAGAUCCAGGUCACUUUUGGGGAACUCUUUGAGAGAUAUGUUCGUAUUUCAGAUAAGGUUGUUGGGAUUCUCAUGAGAGCCAGGAAACAUGGGCUGGUAGACUUUGAGGGAGAAAUGUUAUGGCAAGGCAGGGAUGAUCAUGUCAUAAUUACUUUACUAAAAUAA